UGCGCGCACGCCCGCCCGCUGGUUGCCGCGGGCAGGCGCUUCUCUUUUGUCAACUUCUUUUUCAUGAUGAUGAUGAUGAUGAUGAUGAUGCUGCUACUGCUGCUGGUCUGCGAACGAGGCAUAACUAAGUUUCGUGGUUUGGCGUUGUUGAGUUUUGGGUGUGCCCCUUCGGUAGCCGAAUCUCGAGCGCGUCUUACUGACGCAUCACGAGAGUUUGGUCGUGUUCCGGAUCGUGCAUGGAUGGAGCGUCGGGGUGUGGGGAGUUCUUGCGUGUAGGUUAUCGGGGUCAAGCGUUUGCCUGAUGAGUUAUACGGAGGAGGACACCGCGGGCAGGCCCAAGCUGAGUCUUCAACCCCGUGGAUCUGCUUCUGAUAUUGCUUCAUCUUCUCCAGCCAAGUCAAGCCGACCUAACCCCUUUGGUGCUGCAAGACCAAGAGAACAAGUCAUCGCUGAAAGAACUGGAAAAAAGGAACAAGAGAUCUUGAAGGAACAAGCUGCAAAGGAAUGGAAGAAAAAUAUUGUUCUCACCGAACAACAACGCGAGGAGAAGAAAGCUGCAGAAGCAGAGUUAUCAUUUGCUAGAAGUGAACUUGUCAAAGAGGUGGAUCCAACAAAAUCUAAAGCGCUUCGAGAGGAGGUCAACCUUAUGGAAAAAAAACUUGACGAGUUAUUGGCAUCAUUCGAGGAAAUUGCUGUUCAAACUGCUCAAUCUGGUGGAUCAAGACGUCCUCGGCGUGAAGACGAGCGACCUCCUGCUGCUGUCGGUUCUGCCUAUGGUAGUAGCGAGCCUGAAGGCUAUUCUAAUUUCAGCCGGAGUCGUGAACGUGACGGCAUAAGAGGAAGCUCAUACGGUGAUACAUGGGGUGGAGUCAAGGGUGGCAAUAAGGGACAAGAAGGAUGCUACAACUGUAGAGAGGUUGGACAUUUUUCUCGUGAAUGCCCCAACCCAGUUGGCAGUCGGGGAGGUGCAGGAGCGUAUGGUGGCAACUUUGGUGGCGGUGGCGGUGGCAGGCCAUGCUACACAUGUGGCCAAGAGGGACAUAUGGCUCGAGAGUGUCCCCAAGGUGCUAAUGUAGGAGGAUAUGGCUCCCGUGGUGCUGGCGGUGGCAGCAGUUACGGUGGAGCAUACGGUGGUGGUGGCUAUGGAGGAGGUUAUGGUGGUGGUGGCACUUAUGACGAUACUACACAGUAUGGUGCUUCCCAAGGUGGCGGCUAUGGCGCAGGAAGUUAUGAUGACCGUAGAUACUCAUCUGGUGGGCGCAGCGGAAAUUACAACCAGAGCUGGUAGUAUUUAGUGUGAAUAGCAGUAGGGAGUUUCAGCCACUAUGCAUAGAGUUUUUUUAAAGAAUGUGGAGGAAAUGUGUAGCUGAGAGUUCUUCGACUGUUGUGGACUUCGAUGUUUUGGCUGCAUUUGCAUUGCAAGCAUGCUAUGAGUAGUAGCGGUGGUGCACAAAAUAGUCGUAAUGAUGAAAACACCAUGAGUUUCUUAUACCAUUAUUGUAAGCGAGUUUUAACAAUUGCUGCAUAAACUUGUGCGUUAGCAAUUGCAUAAACAGCUAGAAAUAUUUAACAGAAUGGUUGGUCAGUGUCUUGUAAUUUCCUACUGUAAUGGAAUUAGCCUGUUUUUGUUAA